GGGUGUGCGGCCCGCCAGUGAGUCGAACGGCGAGGGGUGAGUCAGAACAGUUCGCGCAGAGGCCGAUUGCAAGAGAAGAGCCGCGCCGCAGUCGAGGCGAUUCGGUCUCGCCACCCUCACCCACCAUGCGUCAGCAGUGACCACCGAUGCUGUCCGAUGGGGCGUCCCAAGAGUCGGACAGCCUGGCGCCGCACGGUGCUGCCGUUGCUGUUGCUGCUCGUGCACGCCGCAGGGGGCAGCGAGUUCCCUGAGCGCGAGUGUUGUGACCCCGUGUACCCUCUGGCCGCGCCGCCCUCGUCAACCACCCCCUACCCCUCUGUGCCAACGGCCACCGGACGUGCUGGUAAUCCCAAGUCGGCGGUGGCCAUCCUCAACUGCGUGCUGGCUCGCACGCUGUGCUUCGAGGACGCGUCAUGUUCAGCUAUUGUAGAAAUCAUCCCCCGAGUGUGCGGUGCCGAACAAGUGGCGUGUUCGACGGUGACUGUGACAAAGUGUCAAGCGGCGCUGAGGACACUUCAAGCCUUUCCGUUCUUCCGGCCCACGUGCCUGUGCAGGGAGCCUCACGUCGAUCCAGAAUGCAGCUCGUUCCGAGACUUUCUCUUCGACCACCCCUGCAUCUACGUCAACAAGAAAGAGAAAGACCCAUAUCCGGUGGACGCACUGCCCACAUGCAAUCACGCUCUCUCCGUGUGCCAGUUGGAGAGAAAGUGCAUCAAACUGUUUGAAGACUUCAAGACUAACUGCAAAGUGCGCGACGGACAGUGCAAAAUGGAGGAGAGGGACGCGUGCCACAGUGCGUGGACCAAGCUGCGGCUGUCGCCCAUAUUCGGCUGCAUCUGUCCGAACAACCACAUGAAGCGGCGAUGCGACCGCAUCUUCAGCCUCGUCAAUCACAACCCGUGCGUGGACGUCCUGCCAGCCUCUCUUGAUUUAUCAGGCACUGAUUCCGCACUUUACCCGUAUGAGCAGGAUAACAAAUUCCGCGAGUUUUGGUUCCCCCCUACCAGCCUGUACCCUUACUUUCUGCUGCCCCCCACCUACCGACCCUGGCCUUCCAAGCAUCCUCCUCCACCACCUACGCACUACUAUCACGGCACACACGAACACCACUACUUUUCUGUGGACGAGCCCAAUCUUGUGAAACACGUCGGCGGCGCCUCUGCGCCCGCACCUCAUGUCCCCAUUUCAGUAAAGGUGAUUCCAGCAGCUGCCGAACACGAGUCGUCGGCCGUCGACGCCAUCGACACGCAGCUCGAGAAUCCGCUGUAUGGCGUGCGUGGCGGCGCCUCGCACGCCGAUAUCUUCCCCCUGCCGCCCGCCAACAACACAAUCGACGAGAAGUACCACUGGACACCGUCCUAUACCAACAGGCCAGCAAUUGCAGACAACGAGAUGUCCCGCACCUUCAGCUUCCAGAGCACGUGCCACCUGGCGCUGGACAUGUGCAACAACAACUACAACUGCCGCUCGGCGCUACUGCCUGUGCUGCAGUACUGCGACGCGAGCCGCUGCGCCAGGGACGCCUGCAUGGCCGCCAUGCAGACCUUUUACCGCUCCGUCGACCUCAAGUGGAGCCUCGAGGUCGCCUUCUGCCUCUGCAAGAAAACAGACAAUAAACACGACGAGUGUCUGAUUGCUCAAGAGCAGUUGCACCCAAUGUGCGCGCAGAGGGUGGACGGAGCGGCCAUCCCCACCUGUCACUCGCUGGCCGAGGUGUGUCGCGAGGAGGCGGGUUGCAGAGUGAAAUUAGAGUACUACGAACAAUCGUGUGCGGUGGACAGCGUGACGAAAAAGUGCGCCGGUUCGCCGUCUGAGUGUCGGAAAGCGAUGCUCGGCAUCUUGGGCACGAGUCUGAGGUCCAGCUGCGCCUGCAAGGGCACCGACUUCUCCCAGCUCUACGACUGCCUCGGCUGGCAAAGACUGCUCUGGGUCAACCCCUGCGUAGUCGAAUCCCAGAGAGACUUCCAAGCCAGCAAAAUAGCGGCAAUGCUGCCGCCCCCGACGACGGCACCGCCGCCGCCCCCUCCGCCACCGGUGCAGACGCCGGCGUGGACCCCGAUGCCGCAGCCCACGCCCCCAACGUUUGGCGUGCCACGGACGCCGCCCCCGACAGCAGCCUCCACGAUGCCGACGCUGACCCGCCCCACGAGGCCGACGGCGCCGCCAGCGGUUCCCGUGCCAGCGUCGCUGCCCACGACGUCGACGACGACUACGACGACGACAACCACCACCACGACCACCACGCAGGCCGCGGUGGUCACCACGGAGGCCACCGAGCCGACCACCACCCCCACAACUACCACGACCACCCUACCCACUACAACGACCGAACCGCCAAAGUUCUGCAUCGUUCAGCGGCCGCAGCAAAAGGACCAGUACAUCCUAGAGGGCACUGGCAAAAGGCUGUACCGUGAGAAUGAGGAGGAGUGCUCAGAGCUGUGCCAGUGCAACGAGGGUGAGCAGCUGGUGUGCAACACCCUGUGCGUCCAGCGGGCGCCGUGCAAGACUGAUUUAGCAUUUUAUAACCACGCGGCACCCGCCUACCAGGCAUACAGGGGCCUCUGCAAGUGCUACUCAGGAAGAUUCAUCUGCAUGCGGCCCACCCCAGACUCGUACAGCUUGCCACACGGCGUCUUUUUGUUCCUCGGCUACAGCGAGGUGGACGAGAAUCUGCUGAAGCCGCACAUCAACCUCACCAUUCACGACUCCGUCGAGGCGCUGCAACACGUCAUGCGCUUCGAACCCUCCUCGCCCUCGAAGGUGCGCCAGCAAAAAUUUCAGGGCGAGUGCGUGCUCUUUUUGUACAACAUUACCAAGGAGAACGUGAUCCUCGUGGCGAAGCUGGUGAAUGAAAAUUUCACCUACUCCAAGGAAGGCGUCUCCAAAACUCCAUACCAGCAGCUGCAGCAUGAAAAGGAAGAGUGCUCAGCGCCGCUGCAGGAGCUCAGCAACAAGAUCAACAAACAGCAUGCCGACGUGCACUCGCACCAACUGCUCUCCAUCAUCAAAAUUGCCGAUGUCGAGGUCAAGGUGCCAGAGAGCAGCGGCGGCGGCGCCGCGGCGUCGCUCAGGGGCGCCGCCGACCCCGCCACGUGCCUCCUCGUAGUGAUAGUCGCCCACUUGCUCCACAACUACCGCCUCCUGUCCUCGUGACCCUACCCCUGCAGCUCCCGGACAGCAGUUUGAACCAACCCCUUCGAAAAACACGCGCCACAUCGACCCCCUUAUCUAACGCGGAGGUCAAGCGCAGCUUUUGAGUUUAUCUUUUUAUUAUUUCCUCCAUUCACGUAAUUUUAUCCCGCAUGAAUAAUAGAUUCGAAUUUGGAUUUGAACGCUGGCCUCCGCGCUCUCGAACCAUUUCGACUCAUCCCGAAUUUUCUAUAAAAAAUCUUUUUAUUGGGAACUCCUCUCUUUCUAUCUCUCUCUAUAUCUUAAACGCAUAGUCAAGUAUUCAACAAUAAUUACGACGCAAUCAUUACAUGAAUAAUCAACUCAAAACCUGGCCAAAUUAUAAUCACAAAUUGCAAAAACGAAAUUUCACAAAAGUCUUACAAAUUACCGCAAAAGUAUAUAUACAUCGUUACUGUGUAAUGACCAGGAAAUUGACCUUAAUCAUUAAGAAAUCUCGAAAAUAAUCUAUCAGAAAUCUGUACAUAACACGGUGUAUCGGAGUAUUUAAUAAAAAUACAAAUAAGCGACAAAAGGAAUCAAUACUGUUUACCCGCUAUUAAAAGUAUAUAUAUUGCAAAAAUGUAUAUUCUACUGCUCGUUGUUGAUUUUACAUAAAAAUCGAAGAAAGUAUGGAUAACAUAAUAUAAAAAAAAACACACACAAUGUUAUAGAGCUAGUGACCUCUUGCAAGGAAAUUCAUGUAAAAUACGCAUUUUGCUAAUUGAAUUAGGGGAAAGUCACAAACAAAUGCCAUGUUUAAGGAUUAUUGGUUCAUAACACUGUUGAAAAUGUGUGCGAGUAUUGAAGUCAUAAUUAAAAAUAGAAUCCGAAAAAGAAAGUUUAGUCACAGCGGUAGCAAAAAAGUAACAAUACUAUCUAUAACUAACAAGAAAUCAGUCCAAUUGUGGGUUAAAAACGCCCAGCCGGAGAUUGCGUGCGAUUGAAUUGUUUUUAACGUUUAAUUUGCUUCGUUCAAGCCAUCCUCAAAUAUAGUUUAAGCGUCCUGUUGGGUAAUGAUUUUAUUUUUGUAAAAAGAGCUGAAUGGUAAAUUUUUUAAACGGUCGCUAAAACAGAAUAUAUCACUGUUAAAACUACUGUAACGAAUCAAAUCACGAGCAGAAUGUUAAUUAAUUUUGUACAAUGCUGGGAUGUGUACUUUGAGACUAGAGUUCAUUCGAGGCGCAUGUUAGGUAAACUCGUUACAUUCUUACACACGCAAUUAUAUCAAUCCAUUUAUCAGUAGCAAAAGCAGUGGACACGAUGUGUUAGCGAGGAUUAGCAAUCUUGCAUAAUAUUUUGUGUUUCAAUGGGUCCAUGUACGAUGGUUUUAGAGAAAUGUAAUAAUGAGACACAUAUAAGCCAGAACAUUUCACUUAUCUCGUAUGUAUUGAAUAUAAAAAUAUCAUUUUGAUUUGUCGAUAUGUAAGUUCAGCGUCAUAUCAAUUUUGGAGGUUUUAAGUAUUUCGAUGUGAGAAUAUAAUGUCAAAUCGAGCAAUAUCACACGCAUAAAUUAGCAGGGAAAUUCAAACGCACACGCAUCUGUUGAUCUAAAAUGAGCCGUGAGAAGCUUAUUUAAUUUGAUUACGACGAAAUUCAGUCUUGAAAAAUUAAAAAUUCGAUCGGCAGCAAUACUGAAAAUAAAUAGUACGAAAAUUAUAUCAAAAACAAAAACCAUGUCACUAGUGAAGUCGUGUUAUAUAAGCAGAUUUUAAAAACGCAAAAAUAGUGAGAUGAAAUUACUAAUUGUGAUGUGACUAGAUAAUAUUUAUUAUGAGAGGGAUAUCAGUCAAAUACAUAUGUCAAACUCAAUAACCGCCACAAGACGAAAAAUUUAAAAAACCACAGCUAUUACUUGGUACGUUUAGCACGCGUUUUGAUGUUUUCUGUUGCAGCUGUAGCCCAUUGAUUUUUUUCCAUUUUAAGAGUACGAAGUAUGAGCAGAAGAUAUCAAUUUCCAGUGUGAUAAUGUGAUGGCAUUAAGAAAUUUGUCUGUUUGGAUACUCGGAGGACUUAAAACCUAGGACGAAUCAUGACGCAGUACGCAGGGUAGUGUAAAAAUGAGAUGUGUGUCUGUUUUGUCUCUGUGCGAAAAGCUACAGUUUGUUGUUCUAACCUGACUGAGGAAUGCAACUGACUGGAUUUAAAAGGAUGUAAAUGUUUCGUUUAUUGAUCUCUGAAGAGAAACAAAAUUGAAAACGAAAAAACGCUCUUUUCACUCUUGAGCCUGCGAGUCAAUUCCUGUUCUUUUACAAUUAAAAUAGAAAAUGCCAUUCCGGGGUCACAGAAAGCUUGAUUCCACAACUACAAUUUUUAAAAGGGGCCUACUACAUUGUAACUAAAAAAAUAUCGCAUGCUAAAAGUGACCUUGGUGUGAGCUUGGUUUGUUUAUCGCUGUAAAAAAAUCUGCCACUUGAUUGGAAUCGUAAUCUUAAAUACGCAAAAAAAGCUUAUCGCGAUUGCUAGUUUUAACAAAUUGAUCAUAUUUCAAUGUGCUUAGAAAAAUGUUUGCUCAACUAAUUGAUGAAGAUGAGACAAAGAAGUAAUAACUGUUGUUUAGCCACACUCUGUUGGACCCACUCACGUGAAAAAAAUAUAAUACACACACAUAACCUGCAUCAAACUCAUCUGCACACUCACUCACUCACUUCUUCCUUUAUAAUACUGUAUAAUUACGUACUCGCUGUACCAAUCAACGCAUAAUUGAUCAGAAUGUAAUUAAUACGACAAAAUAGAUUUAACGAGUUGUUGGUUAUUAUUGUUAUACGACUGUUGAUUCGAUGGGAGAACAUAGAGAGCAUAAUAUAACUCACGGUCCACCCCCUGACAGAACAAACACACACACACACGACAAAAGCUGUUCGGUUAUGUUGAUCAUCAUUGAAAACGAUUGUACUGCCACUUCUAUUAACUAUGUAAUAAAUUAUAUUGUCGCAGCAUCUCGUUUUAGUUCAAUGGAAAUAAAAGUCAAGUAAAUAUUAUUA